UGAAAAUUCCUAACAUAUACUUUAAGCUCAUUCACAAAAUAAUUCUCUUUUGUGGCGGUUUUAUCUGAGCUACUUAUACUAUAGAAGUUGUUAAUUUACACCAUCCAAUAAAGUUACACCUGUAUCUAAACUUAGUCUUAAAGUACGCCAAAAGUCUAAGUAUGAGGUGAAUUGAGCAGAAACAAUUUCUCUUGGCUGCGUACUUCCUACAAUGAUUAAUCUUUUUGGGCAAGGUUCUUCAGUAUUUUAUGUAAAUUAGUAUGGGUCAGUGUGAAGUGACGCAUUUAUAGUGGAGUGUUUUCAUCACGUGCUAGUGUAAACGUGCUGGAUUCCUGCAAAGGCGAGUAAGGCUGUCACAUAUUAGCUUAGCUCGUAGAUGGGUGUAUGGAACAGCAUUGCUCGGAGGCAAUAAGUGUAUAAAUAUGCCGCCGCCACCACCACCGUGUCCACCGCCACCUCCAGGCCCGCCACCGCCACCUACAUUCGGGGGCUCGAAAGGGAGCUCCAAAGGGAGCUCGAAAGGCGGCGCUGACGAUAGGAAUGCUUUGCUGAGCUCUAUUAGACAAGGAGCUAAGUUAAAAAAGACUGUGACAGUAGAUAAAAGUGGACCUUUUGUAUCUGGGAAAGUGUCUAAUGCUUCAAGUGGUUCAACUCCCAUUGGCAAUGAUGUUAAAAGUAGACCUGCAAAUACUGGAAUGCAGAAUGGGGGAGGAGCUCCUGCAGGACUGGGUGGUUUGUUUGCUGGCGGGAUGCCAAAGCUCAGGCCUACAGGAAAGUUGGCAGGGGCAACACCCAAUGGCCAGAUACCAAAAGAAGCGCCGCGGUACACCCCACCACAGCAACAGCAACCAAAAAAAUCUUCCCCAGACAAACCACGGCCUUUUAAUAACAAUCAUUCUAGCAAUGUCGGCUCGAAAUCAGCGUUGUUUUCCGAAAUGCCUUCGAAGGAUAUCUUAAGAGAGGCUCCCAGAGAGCCGCCGUCGAGGUCGGUGGUUAGGCGGCAACCUAGCGAGGUAAAGACCAGAGGUCCACCACCACAACCGCCUGUUCAGAAAGCAGCCAUGCCUUCGAGUCCAUCGGAUUCAAUACUGACCACCGGCUCGAUAUCGGAUCGCAUUAACAUACUUCAGCAGCGGAGAUCAGAUCAAAGCUUACAGCCAAAUGUCUCGAGCACUGUACAGAGGAAUAAGAGCUCGUUACAUAGCAGUGGACAGGGGUCGCUGGGUGGCAGUAUGUCAUCCUUAUCAUCAGUGCCAUCCACGCCCACACCUUCAGCGUCCCUCUCUGCGUCAGACCUUUCAGAGAGACCAAAGGUCUCCCACGGAAAGCCGAACCUCGCGCCCAAGCCUCCAACGAUGGCGCCAGCUGUCUCAAACGAUACUAGACCGUCGCCGCCGCCCAAGAAGUUGAUUAUUAACGGCAAAUCCGCCACUAGAACACAGAGUAUGAGGAUGCCUAGAUCACCAUCAGGAUCGCCGCCGUCUCCACCCGAGGGUGGACUUCCGCUGCAGCUGCCGCCCGCGCCGCAUCAUCUGCCGCCCGGGCUUCAUCAUCUGCCCAUCGCCACCAAGAACCCCGCUUCGCAUUUCGGCACUAUGCGAGCGCCGCGGGGCCUCCGCCCGCCCGGCGUGUGCCCCCCUCCUCCGCCGGGAGCGCCGCCCCCGCCUCCCGCGCGCCACGGCUCCCUCGGGGUGCACCCGGCGCCACCGCCUCCGCCGCACCAUAGACAAAACAGCGUCGUGUCCCAAAAUGGCGAUGACGUGCCCGCGCCGCCGCCGCCCGUGCGGGGUUCCUCCAUGCGCGCGGUGGACUUCGAGGCGCGCUUCGGCGACCUCUUCAACCCCCCCACAGGCUUCCCUCCCCCCGACCCCUUCCUACGCUUCGCGAAGGACUACAGCAGCGCCACAGUCGGCGUGACGAAGGCGCAGGCGCCGCCGCCGCCGCUGAAGGUCCCGCUGGACGGCUGGUCGGGCACGUCGAGCGCCUGCUAGCGAGCGCGGGGGGCCCUGGCCCCCGCCCCCCCGCCGCC